UUCCGUGUGAACUGCUGACUUGUGGAAUUUCUUGAGGAAUUCAGCUCAUAUUUGACGAGGGAUGUUGCGCCGUCCCCAGCCAUCUGACUCCGAGGCGGACCUGCUCAGAGAGCAGCAGCGCUUCCUGACCUCUGGAGCUCCAGCUGCCGCCAGCCUGGCCCGCCGCCCCGACAAGAGGAGAGGGGAGGCCGGGGAGGCGGAGGGAGGACGCAGCAGCCAGGAGAAUGCAGGGAAUCAGAAGGAUGUAGUCACCAUAGAAGAUCUUCCAGACCAACUCCCCUCUCUGACACCAGCCCCUCCUAAGAAGUCACGUUUUAAAGCCAGUCGUGUCACCUUUGAGGAUGAGGAUGUCGAGGUGCGGCUGGACAGACAGGAUACUCACAUCAGCGCCGUUCUGUCAAGGAUUGUUGAGAGAGACACCAGCUGUGCUCAAGUAUCUCUACCAGCUUUCACAGGCACGGCUUUCCCCAAAGUCCAGCACCGCUCACAAACCGGCAAUCAGGUACCACCUUCAUCGACUGGAGGAAAGAAGAGCAUCUUUGCUCGUCAGAUUGCUGCUCAGAGAUUUAAGGAGGGCAAGACGGUAUUGGAAUCUUCACCUAAAGCUUCUCAGACUCAGAGAGGGCAGAACCUCCCCCCAGAAACAUGGAUCGAUACCGAUAUCAGUGAUGCUGCUCAUGAUCAAUCCCCUGUAGUGUCAGGCUCCAGGUUGGUGACGGGUCAGGGGCUUGGUCGCUCAGAAGGCUCGAGAGAAACUAUGAGGAUCCACAAGGAGAACCAGGCCAAGCUGGAGGAGAUGUCUGGGUCUGAGAUACUACAGGAGCAGAAGAAGCUCUUGACUCAGCUUGAUCCCAGGCUGGUGGAGUUUAUCCGAUCCUGCAAAGCUCAAAGUGUGCCGUCAUCCACCUUCCCAUCCGAACAGCCUCGGGACAAAAGCGGCGAUGAAGAUCUUCCUGAAAAUGUGAACCAGGAGUCCUCCCAUGCUUCUGCGCUGUUACAGAAACCAAUAGAUGUGGAGAUGCAGGAGAAAGAGGAGGAGGAGGAGGGAGAGCUGCUGGAAUCGUCACCAGCGAUGACGGUGGAGGACCUGCCAGUGAAGCCCCAGAAGAACUGGGUCCACAUGAAUAAGCUGGAGCCGGACAAGCUGGAGUGGAUGAGAAACUUGCCCGCGCCCAGAAAGAAAGGCACCAAAAAGGCCAUGGAGGCUCGUUUUGACUUUGCAGGGACUUUAAUCCCACCCACUGAGGAUCUGCCCACCCACUUAGGCCUGCACCAUCACGGAGAGGAGCCCGAGCGAGCAGGUUACUCCCUGCAGGAGCUCUUCUUGUUGUCUCGGAGUCAGAUCAUCCAACAGAGGACGCUGGCUCUCAGUACUCUGGCCAAUAUCCUCUCAAAGGCUCGUUCUGGGGAGUACGCGUUGAUCCUGAAGGGCAGCGUGAUGUCCACUCUGCUGGACGCUGGCCUGCUCUUCCUGCUUCGCUUUGCGCUGGAUGACGGGGUGGAGGGGGUGAUGUCUGCAGCAGUGCAUGCCCUCAAGGAACUACUCGUGUGUGCACAAGAUGAGGAGUGUUUAGACCAGACUUUCUCCUGGUUUCUCGGUUUGGCCUCUUUCCCACUGCUGCCAUCUGCGCAAGAGGAGGAAGAUGAGGAGGAUGAAGGUCUGGAGGAAAGCAUGAAGGAGACGGCCAGAGAAAAGGAGGAGAAGAAGAGUGAUUACGAUGUUGCCACGCAGGACGUCGUCAAGGGUCUGUUGAAGAUAAAACUGCUUCCCAGGCUGCGGUACGUUCUCGAGGUCGUCCGACCGUCUCCUCGGGUGGUUCACGACAUCCUGCAGAUCCUGACACGUAUUGCCCGGCACUCUCUGUCAUCUGCCACAGAGGUCAUGAACUGUCCUCGCCUGAUGGAAACGGUGAUGGCAGAGUUCCUUCCCGCUUCCUGGACGAACUCGUCUUCACCCAAACCUCAGUCUGUUUAUGGACUCCCGCUAGCCGGUGCGAUGAAGCUCCUAAGAGUUUUAGCUACAUCUGGCAGACAUAUUUGUGCCAGACUGUUAAACUCCCUGGGAGUGAGGGAGCGGUUGUCGUGCCUGCUGAGUGCUGAGCCGGGCGAGCUGCUGCUGGAGCCGAGCGAGGCCCUCGGGAUCAGCGCUGAGGCCUACCGGCUGUGGGCCGCAGCCGCCGGCUACGGGCAGGCCUGCAGCUUGUACCUAGACCUGUACCCAGCGCUGGUGAAGUCUCUGCAGUCUGUCCAUCAACUCCUGCCCUCCUCGAACCCUCUCUUGCCUCUGCAGCUGCAACGACUCCUGGCUUUGCUUUCUCUGCUCACGCAAGUUACACACACUGCUGGUUGCCAUCAGGAGCUGGCGGCUGGGAUGGUCAGUGCUCGGGGAGAGGAGUGCCCCCCUCCGCCCCCUGUGUCGUGGAGUCACGUGACUGGCUUGCAGCCCACCUUGUUGGGGCAUUUGAAGGGUUUAAUCAAGAGUCUUGACAAUCCAGUUGAGAGAGACAAGAGUCUGGCUUUGAUACCAGCGUACCUGGUCUAUCUAGAAGCGUACUACCAUCAGCUCUCCAUGCAGAACUGUUUCCGGCCAGUUGAGACUCUUCAGGAGCUGGAGCUCGUGACGUCUGAGGUCCUUCUACCACUCCUUCAUCACAGUACCGUGCAAAGCUUGAUAAAGAAUCUCGGGUCUUCCUCAGUGGUUUGCAGUGGUCCGGUUCCCCAGUCCAGCCAUCCAGGCCCAGAGAUUACUCCGAGCCUCCCGGGUUUGGCCUGCUCUGGAUGGAGGGAUCGUCCAGGGCCGGUCACUCCCAGCUCCCCCUUCCCUCUUUUGACAGGACUCGGAGUCCUCUUGGAAACGAUCACAGGGAUCCAUAAAGGUCUCAGCUGCAAGUUCACCGGCUUCCUCCUCUCGGAGUCGGUCGUUGGUUACCUGCGCUCCUGCAGUCAUGCCACUCCCACUCUCUCCCACACCAGAGCCUGGCUUCUUCGUCAUGAACACCACCUCCUCUACUUCCUCCUCUGCCUAGCACACCGACUGGUUCCCUUUGACCAAGACGUAGCGAAGCAUGCCUCCCUGUACCACCAGGUGGCGCUGGUGCUUCUUCCCUGGCUUUUGCCCGGGAGUGAAUACAUGGCACAUGAACUUCUCUCCACUAUUAUCUUUAGCAAAGACUUCAUAUCCGAAGGCCACAGCGGAGGACCUGAGGCCGUGGAGCUCGGGGAGCUGAAGCUUCAAGAAGACGCGCAACACCACACCUCUCCCUCUCUCCAGACGGUCGGGGCUCUCCUGAGAGAAGCCUGCGUCCAGCUGCCGUCCAUCCGAGGCUGCUUCCUCACUCACCUGGCCCAUCUGGAGCCAUCGGUUCUCACGUCCAGAGACACCUUUGUUGGGCGCAACCCAUGGAUCAGUUCCCACCUCCUCCCAGAGCUCACUGGCCCCACGCUGCCAUCCGACUGGCCUUUCCUCCCGCUCAUCCACCUGUACGAGCAGACGGGGGUGUCUGACGGCGGGGGCUUGGCGGUGGAGCGGCUCCCUCAGGGUUCCCUGCAGGCGGUGACCCACUGUCUGCAGUGGCUGCUGCUGCUGGAGGUCUGGAGGGAGGAAGCUUUGCAGGUGAUCCUUCCAGUCGCCAAGCUCGCCCGCCUCUCUUGUGUUUUCCUGUGUUCCAGUGAUUUGUUCCUGGAGAGUCCCGUCCAAAAACUGACCUGGGGUCUGUUCAGACUGCUGACCAGGAGAUCGAGGUUGGACUCUUUAGACCUGAAUGUGCCUCCUCCAGGUCUCGCCUCCUUCCAGGACUUGUACACAGUCCUCCUGGCCCAGUAUGAAGCUGUGUCUUUUGGAGAUCCGUUGUUUAGCUGCUGGGUCCUCCUACCCCUGCAGAGGAGGUACAGCACCACCAUGAGGCUGGCUGUGUUUGGGGAACACGUGGGCAUGCUAAGAUCCCUGGGGGUCACUCGAGAACAGCUGUCCAUCUGCAUCGAGCGGUUCACCUCGCCACCUGAAGACUCCCUCCCCCUCCUUCGUCUCUACUUCCGCGCGUUGGUCACAGGAACCUUGAAGCUGUCCUGGUGUCCCAUUUUAUAUGUGGUUGCUUUGUCCCACGUGAACUCCUUCAUUUUCUCUCAAGAUGCUGCGGCGCAGGAGGUGGAAGCUGCUCGAUGCAGCAUGCUGAGGAAAAUCUACUACCUGACUGAUGAGGUGUUGAGGAACCACUUGCUGCUUUUCCGUCUGCCCCAACAGCACUCGCAGCUCGGCUUUGACACGUACGCACAGUUGCCUCCCAUUCGGGCGAAGCGUCUGGAGAGAGUUGUGGGUCUGCACGCCAGCAGCUAUGACAAAGGAGAUUGAGUGGCGUGAAGGGCUGAGAUGGAGGUAGAGAAUCCAAAAGAAUGAAUGGAGGGGGGGGGCAGACGGGCAUGUCAAAGACUAUGAGCUCUUUAAGGGGAUGCACCUUGGCUAAACAGAAAUGUUUGUCAGAGAAAUGUUUCUGGGGACAGUUCCUAUUGAGGAAACCCAAUCUGAGCUGGACUCCA